CUAGAGCAUUGGCGGUGGUUGUACGUAGACGCUACUAGCGUCAUGUGUCUUAGUAAUGUUAGUGAAUAUGAAUGAUGACUUCGGAGAUGCUAUGUUGAGUUCAGACCAACUGAUGUCAGUUGGUCUUGGUGGUCUUCGUAACAUAGGGAACACAUGCUAUAUGAAUGCUGCUUUGCAAGCCUUAUCAAAUUGCCCUCAUUUGACGGAGUUCUUUUUGGAGUGUCAUGAUAUUCUCGACCCUAAUCGGAAGCUUGUUCUUCUAUCUCACUAUUAUACUUUGCUUUCUGAAUUUUGGGGGAAUGAAAGACAACGUUGCUUCAACGCAAAUACGAUUUUGGAUGCCUUUUGCAUUACCCACCCAAUGUUCAGAGGUUAUUCACAGCAUGAUGCUCAAGAGUUUCUGAGACUUUUCUUGGUUCAGCUACAUGAAGAGCUUAAACAUUCUAAAAUUUCAAUUUCAGAAAAGCGAGCUUCAUCAGGUACAAGACAAACGACAUCCAAUCAAUCAGAUAACAGCAGCAGCAUAAUCACCGAUGUCUUUCAAGGUAGACUAGUUAGUACUGUGCGUUGUCUUUCUUGCAAUCGGCUUUCCAAUCGAGAAGAAACAUUUAUGGACUUAUCUCUCUCCCUUGCUAGACCAACUGUACAAACUUGUAAUUUAUCCUCAUCAAUUGAAGAAUCUACGCACUCCUCUUUUAUGAAUGGCACUGUAAUAAAAAAUGGACCUGUUUACGUGAAAACAUCCGAUGGUGGUGAUUCACAGCGUAUACAAUCUUGUUGUUCACCAAGUUCGAAAUCGACUCCAACUCAUAGUUUGAGGACGAAAUUCUCCUUAUUAUCUUCAUUUCCGGUGAUAGAUCGUUUAGUAAAUGCAAUUCCUUGGCUUUUAACUCUGCUUUUAACGCUUACUCAUAUAAUGUUUUCAUAUGUACAGAGUUUUAUUCCUUCACCCAAACGAUGGAUAGACAAAUGGUCUACGCUAACGUUGGAUGAUUGUUUAUCCCACUACUUUUCUGAAGCCGAGUUGGUCGGAGAGAAUAGAUAUUUCUGUGGAAGGUGUAAUCAGCGAUGUAAUGGCUUGAAACAGUUUAGACUUAUAGCCUUACCAGAGAUACUUACACUUCAUUUGAAAAGAUUCAGCAGUAAUCAUAUGUACUCUUCAAAAUUAUCCUCUCCAGUAAAUUUCCCGUUGAAGAGUUUAGAAUUAUCACCGUUUCUUCAUCGUGAUUGUAAAGAUAAGAUUACAACUUAUGAUUUAAUCGGUGUGAUAUGUCAUUAUGGUGGUUGUGGUGGCGGGCAUUAUACAACCUGUGCAUAUAAUUCAUCUACUGAAAGUUGGUAUGAAUUCAAUGAUGAACAUGUUCGAAAAUUAGAUGUUGAACAGGUGGAAACAUUGAAAAGUUCAGCUUAUAUUUUAUUUUAUCGUAAACGUGAUACCCAUUUGGAACCACUUCGGCAGUCGUGGCAACUUACUCCAGCUGGUAAAAUGUGCUAUGUAAGCAAACCUUGGAUUAUUCGAUUUUGGACAUGGGCUGAACCAGGUCCUAUGACAUCAGAAUUCCUAUGUGAACAUGGUUAUUUUCGACCAGAGCUAUGGGAAUUACGUAAUGCAUUGACUUUAUCCAUCCCAGAAAAUAUUUGGUCUAAUCUUCAUGAUAUGUUUGGAGGUCAUGAAAUGAUUCAAGAAUUGAUUCCCUGUAAUGACUGUUGUGAUGCUAUAACUAAAAGACAGAAAUAUGAACUUUCAGAAGUGAUGAGGGUUAGCUCAUCUACAUCCCGUCAACCACGUCUUAUGCUGUCAGUAAAAAAUGGUUGGAUGUAUGGCUACAGUUUGUCAAAGGGAAGUCUUGGGAUUCCCCAGGUCCUAUUGAUAAUUCAGAUAUCUUACCGUGUAAUUCAUCAAUUUAUCGUUGUCGUAAUCAUUCUUCAUCAUUUUCGUCUACUCCACUUGGUAAUUAUGAAUGUUUAUCCGCCGAAGUUUGGAAUCUAUUAUUUAGCAUAUAUGGUGGAGGUCCAACUCUAUCUGUAUGCGGAACUCCAUAUCUAUCAGUGAAUACUAUCGAUGAAGGAUUAAUUGAUUCUUCCGGUCAAAGUUCUUCCGAUCAAUUAUCACAACAAAGUUCAUCGAAGAAUCCUUCUCCUGAGCCUCAGUUGUUGCCUGUUCAGCAAAGUGAAAAAGAAUUUCCUAUACAGACGAGUAAUGGUGUUGUUAUCAAUGAAGAAAAUGUCUCUAAUGGUUUAGAUUGGUCAGAAAACACAUCCAACUUAAAUCAAUGGCAAUUAAUAGAUAAUACCGACUGGACGACAAAUCCAUCAAUUAAUCAUCAUCCAGUCUUAACCAAUGGUAAUGAUUGUCAUCUCGAGAUCUCUGAUCGUGGAGAUGGUAGCUGUGAAUCGAUUGAACAACAAUAUUCUAUGCAUAAAAGCAGUUCGCCUGAAGUUGAACAAGUCAAUGGAAUUUAUCAUCCUGUCAAUACAUCAGAAAUAUUAACUACUCAAAUAAUUCCUAAUGGGGGAAACUCUGUGCCUACCACUAUUACUAUUACUGAUAAAGCGGAACCAUACAAAAUUAUCACCUCUUCUGGAGAUUUUGGUGAUUAUGAUCCAAGCCAAUUAUUGAUUCAUAAGAAUAUAUCUAAAAAGUCAAAUAUAGUCAUCAAAUCGAUUAAACGUGGGUCAAAUAAACGUCGGCGGUUAACUCCUACAAAAGCAUAACCAAUAUACACACACAUACACAUACCUAAUUUCCAUUGAAAUUUAAUUAUUUUAUUUUAUUGUCUUUGUUGUGAAUAACGCUAACGCUACUGUGAUUUUGUUGUUUUGCUUCUGACUUUCUCUGGGUGGGUGAAAAGAAAAGAGUCGAUUGCACUGCUCUCUCUGACAUCUUUUUACAAUGCAGUGUAGAGUAUUUCCCCCGGCCCCCACACCCACACACCCAAUGAAUAACUUCUUUGUGUGAACAUAUAACUUUUAGUGUGUAUUUACCUUUCUUGUAUUUAUCUAUCUAUUUGUUUAUUUCUACUGACACAUUGUACUUUCAAAUAACUCAACACAGUCAGUCAGGUGUUGUGGAAACUUGACGCGUUUUAUAUUUUAAAAAAACAUUUUGUAUAGGUUACUACUUCAUUAAAACAGGUAUCAUUCUCAGCUAACUGAGUACUGCUAAUAUCACUAAUAAUAAUAGUAACAUCCGGAUCUGAUGAUCAUAAAUCCCUUCAUUUCAUGUAUCAUUUUCACCCCGCCCCUACCCUGCACAUUGUUCAUCCCACUUAUCAGCCCCCCCCCGCAAAGCAAUACGAGUAAUCCUCCUCUCCUUUUUCUCCCACCUUCAUUUUAUGGGAAACAUUUAGUGUUCAAGCGACGUAUUCCUAUUCUCAUUAUGGUUUUAUAUUCUAGGGUGUUGCUUUCUGUGUAGAUGAAAUGCGGUUACUAGAAUAUAAGUAAUACCAUUACUACUACUGACAAUGGAAAUAAGUAGUAAAAGUUCUGAUUCCGUUUUUUUCAAAUUGUCAUUGUUAUGCCGUGACGAAAAUGGCAAAUGUACUUUCAUCAUAUGGAGACAAGAUGUUUCACAUUAUUAUGUAUGUAUGUGUGUGUGUAUAGAUUUAAAGUAUAUCCAUGUUGUAUAUGUAUUUAAAGUUAAGUCAAACAUUCUAUUAUCAUUAUUAUUAUUAUUAUUAUUAUUACUGCCAUUAUAAUAUAAUUAAUAUGUCAAAUUAUUACAUAAUCUCUAAAUAUACUAACAUCUAUUGUAUUCAUUUCCCACACCCCUUGCUGCUUUAUUUUUUUCUUGUCUGUUCCACUGUAAGGAACAGGUGAAUAUUGACACUGUACAAUUAAUUACUUGUGUCCAGUGUAUCCCAGCGUGUGAAGAACUCCACUUUCUUGUGUUAUGUGUAUAAUCAUUAUUUAAUUGUCUGUUUGUUGGUUUUUUUUCUUAAUGAUCCUCUCUGAUCUAAUUCAUUUGUUUGAUAAUGAAUUCUGCUGCGUUUAUGCUGACUUCCCUUUUGUUUGUUUGUGCGCUUGUUUAUUUUCCCUUCAAAAUUUACAAAAUAAUAAAUAUGACUACUCUUCAGGAUUUAUUUAAGUAUAUAUAUAUAUAUAUAUAUAUAUAUAUAUAUAUAUAUAUAUAUGAUAAUUUAGUUAACCAACUCACUAACUACUAACUUACUGGUGUGACUUCAUUGUAUAUGUAGAAAGAAGUGUAAACCGCUAACAGACAGAAGAUAUGCUAUGUGAUAGGAUGUGUUCAGUGUGUGCCCUUGUGUGUAUGUGUGUGAGAUAGAGAGUAUUUCUGCGGCCUUCUUGUCGGUUUUGUUUAACGCAGACAAAAGACAACUAGGCAGCAAAUGUAUUCUUAUUACGUUAGAAGAGUAAAACAGUUCUUGGGUUGCAUUGUUAUAUUCUUCUUCCUGUAAAAACCAAAUACAAGAAAUCGGUUUGACUGACUGUUUUUUUUGCUAUUUUAAUAUAUUUUGAGUUGCAGUUAAUAGUGUUCUUUGAGCUGGUUGGUUUAGUU